UCUUUGGGGCUGGAACUGCAGGCCGGGAAGGCAAGGAGCCGCUUCCACAGGGCAUCCUGCAAUCUCGCCCCCAUGCACGCGGGCCAGAUGCUGGCUGGCCCAGCAGUGAUGUUCCUUUCCCUGACCUGGAGCACCUGCCCUGGCCUGGCCAUCCCCCAGAUUGCAGAAUGUGGCCUCUCUUGUUCUCAGGGCUUCACCUGCAAGAGCCGAGUGAACCGGAACAUUUUUAACAACUUCUGCCGGCAACCCCCCACAUCCAUGUCCCCGUUGGUCCUGGAGGCCCUGAAGCUCUCCACGGCCAUGAAGUGUGCCCCCCACGAUGGCUGCUCCCUCCUUCUGCGCGUGCAGGCAUCCCUUGUGCUGCAUGAGAGCCUGCGGGGCCUGGAGGCCUGCUCCAUGAAUCUGGACACCCAGGAGACUCAGUGUCAGAGCGUGCGGGUCUCCAGAGCCUCCCGCCAACUGCAGGUGGGGCGGCAGGUGAGGCCAGCACCUGACCCAGACCUGCUGGUCCCACCCAAGCCUUUGCCAGGCAGGAGCAGCUGUCCCCUGGGAGCUCCUAGCUGCCUUCCCUUCCUGGACCUGAUCCACCCAAGGCCCGAGGCCUGGGGACCCCUUCUCCUGGGUUCCAGCUGUGCGAGGUGGAGCUGGCCUGGCCAGGGAUGGGUAGCUAGAGACCCCAGGUCCACCUGGCUCACACCUGUGCAUGCCCAGCUCCAGGUGCAUUUUGAUUGCUUCGAAGUGAGUGCAGCUCAGAACCUCUACGUCACCCUGAGGACAGUCCCCCACUUCUGUGGGGUCCAGCUGGACCAGCAGUACCAUGUGGAAGACUGCAGAGACAAGGACGUGGGGAGGAACGUGCCCGUCUGCUUUGCUGAGAAGUUCUCCUACUGGGUGGACCGAAGUGGCAAGGUCAUCCUGGUCCAGGUGCCUGAGGCCCCCGGGGGCCCCGACUACUACGUCCGGCUCUGCCUCAAGUGGUUCACCUGCGAGGAUGUGGGUGCCCCAGUGCGGGUGACAGUGAACAGGAUAUCCCGCACCGUCUCUCUACCCUACAGCCAAGAGCUGCCGUGCCUGUGCCUUGAGGGCUGGUCUGCGACCCCUGACGCCGUGCGGAUGCAGGCCUGUCCCUUCGAAGAUGAGACAGAGGCCCUUUGGGACGCUGUCCGCUACCACCCGGGGGACCAGGCCCUGAGCUGGGAGCCUGCCUGUCCCGUGAGUGGCCACGUGAGUCUGUGCUGGCGCCCGGGGCCUGGGGCCCUUUGCCACACCCUGGAGCACUCCGGCCGGCCGGCACACGGCAGGGUGCAGUACCCCCGGGUGGACACACAGCCCCAGCUCUGCCUGAAGUUCUCCACCAGCCGGGGCUUCUGGGUGAGGUGCCCUUUCCAAGAGCGAGGCUUCCAAGCCUGGAAGAUGACCGCCCAGCCAGCAGCCUCUCAGAGCCACCUCCGGGUCACCUUCCUCUCGCCCAGCGCGGCCCGUUUCCAGGUGUACCUGUGUCACCAAAGGAAGACGUGGCCCCCUGCCUGCCGCCCCGUGCUCCAGGCCACGGCCCUCCCUCCAGCCUCAGGUGACGUCAUGGCUGACCCUGCGGUAGCUUUUGUGGACAUUCCCAGGGACGAGGCUUGUGUACCCAACACCUGCAUCCAGGGCUGGAGGACUGAUGUGCACUUCUCUGCCCCCCAGCAGCUGUGCGAUCUUCAGUGCACUGCCACUGGGGACAGCAGACUGGGGCCAGGAGCCCCAUGAAGCACGAGCGAGUACCCUGGCUGAAUGUUGGGGUACAGUGGAGGCCAGCUCACAUCUGGGCCCCAGGUCUCUGGCAACGAAGGCCAGGCCUCAGAAUUUGGAGGUGGCUCACCUGAACCCAGGCUGUGGGUCCAGCCACCUUCCGGCUCCCCAGAGGCCCGCGGCUCUUCGGGGGCCCUCAGGCUAGGCCUGGGGCUUUGGGUCAGAUGAAGAACUUUCAGCCCCUUCCUGAACCCCCUCGGUGAAAGCCUACGGAAUGGCUGGGUGGGCUGCCCUCUCUCCCAGAUGGCUUGGCCUCUGACCUGCCCUGUCUCAGCUUGGUGCAGCCUCCCUCCGCCUGUGGUCAUGGCCAGCAUCACUGGCAGAAGGACCAGGGCCUGGCCACUGCCUGAUGGCUGCCGGCGCUUUCCCACGGCUCUGGGGAGCAGAGCGUGACCCCACAUGUUCUGCAGCUCAGUUGGCUCAGAACCACCUCCAGCCCCUGCCCAGAGCACUCCAGGGUCCGCAUGCUAGGUGGCCCCUACUGCCCGGGCUGAGCCUCCACCCGCCCCCCUGCACCAGCCCUCGCAGAGGUCAGGCCCCCUUCCACUCUCCGGCCCCCCAGCCCAGCCAGUCCAGGGAAGGCUGGCCACUUCCUGUGGCCUCGGGAACCACCUUCCAGGUUGUGCCAUUCCCAGAAGUAUCACACUCCCUGAGGGCCACCAGAGAGGGACCCACACCCCAGACCAGGGGUCUCCCAGAAGCUGGCUGUCAGAUGGGCCCCACAGAACUCGUGCUGGCUCCCAAGGACCAUCAGGCUGCCCUUCCUGAGCUGCCAUCAUCUGGAGUCUGGGAACCCUCUCCACCUGGCCACCGUGCACCCAGGGACAGGCAGCCCGGGCCUGGCCCCUGGACGGCCGGCUGUGCUGCCCUCUGCAAAUGCACUCCUGCCUCCAGGGCCUGUCUCGCUCUCCCUCCUUCUCCCUCCCUUAAUGGGGGCUGCAGCCCCCAGCAAACUAGGAGGUGGGCCAAGCCAGUACGCACCCCCCCCCCACUCAGUAAACACUUGUCCACCUAGCUCGCCUCUUCCCAUGGACAGAGAUGGGGUCUGCGGGGCAAGGUAGCCCCUUGGGGCAAGUGGGUUGGCGGGGAGGAUUAUGGGGCCCAGGCGCACCUGUUAAUAUGGGGCCAAGGUGGGACUGCUUCCGGAGGCGAGGGUGGAACCAGACUGCAGAUGGAGCCUGCUAGCCCCCUACCACGUAAAAGCCCCCAAGCUGUCCCCGAGGACACCCCAACGGCUGGAGAUGCCAAUACCCCGAAGGCCUGCCCCCAGGCUGUGUGUGCGAGGGAGAGUGAGAGGAAGAGGGGUGUUCAACUGGUCCACCCCUGUUGGUGCUCAGCCUCAUGAUGGAGGGGGGCAGAGCAGGGCUUGCCCUUUCCUGAAGCCCCCCUCUACUGUCCCCAUAAAGUGGCUGCCAGAGGCCUGGUCAAGUCAGGAGCUGACAGAGGGAUGGGACGCUGGGGGAGUGGGGGUCAGGGAGGCCUCACCCUCGGGUCCCAGGCCCCUCACUCCUACCCUGGGUCAGGGUUUAGGGGCUGGCAGGCUGUGGCUCUGUGCUCACCACGUUUCCUCACUGAACAGCGUUUGGGAGCAUGGGGUCCUCUGGAGGCCCUUGUCUGCCUGGGGUGCUCCCUCCCCAUCAAGGCCCAGGGCGGGGCAAGCGACCAGAGUCCUGCCUAUGGCUGGGCUGCCCCUGCCUGGAGUUCCUGCUCCCCUCACCUGGGCCACCCAGGAGCCCCGUGGCCAUGCAGAGAGACCCUGGCUCUGACCCAGGGCUACCCCUGGAAAUCCUGACCAGGUGUAGGCUCCCUCAAGACUUGCUGCGGCCCUGACCUUCCAAAGCUGGGGGAAACUGAGGCCCAAACAGGCCAUGACUGCGUUCCUCUCAAAGAGGUUCAGGGCUAUGGGGAACUGGCUGAGGCGGGGAUGCUUGGGUUCCAGCUUCCCAGCUGUCCACGUGUGCGCUGCCACCAAGUGGCAGUGGUGUUCAGUGAUCCAACCUCUGCACCGAGAUCUGAGACCACACCCAGGGCCCGGGGGCCCGGCAGGCCUGCCUUGGCCAGUAACACCGACCCCUACCUCAGCCCGAAAUCUCAUCCCCACCUUAGGCCACUCUUGCCCAGCAGUAAAAUGCUGAUGACUUCAGGCCCCAAGAUGGGGAGGACCGAAGGUAGGUGGCUAGGUCACCCAUGUCAGGGCUCACAGUUGAACUGCAGGGAGCCUUCAGGACAUCUGUGUGCCCCAUUCAUUCACUCACCCAUUCUCAAGCAGGUGCUGAGUACCCACUGGGUGCCCCACUGACCCACCACCAGGAAUUAAGAUCACUGCCCCUGCAGCUGAGGACCAAUGGGUCUGCCCUGGACUGAGGGGCUGAUUGGGUCAGGAUUCUCAGCCCUGAAGCCCAGCAAAUGGGGACCAUCGGUCACCCUACCUGGAGCCAAUGUUUGCGUGGGGGAGACAGACCACAAACAGGUUAAUGACAUAAACUACAUGGGGUGCCCAGUGUCAGUGUGAGGCUGGGGAGAAGAAGGCUGGGAAAGCAAACGAAGUAUGGGAGGGGGUGCCGGCUGGAAUAGGGUGGUCCUGCUGCCAUGUGAGCAGAGACCGCAGGGAUGAAGGGUCAUGAACUGCCUGGUUCUAGCAGGAUCUGACAGGUGAGAGGUGGGGUGUGGCAGGCAAGUGGGGCCAUGGGAUGUCCUGGCACAGCUCCCAUGGGUAUGAGUGAAACAGACCAACAUUUAGCCUCAGUGCCUGGAGGGCAGAGCCCCAUGGGCUGAAGAGGGACAGAGCAGCUGGGGGUGGGGUUUGGACGUGCUAAGUUUGAGCUGCCUGUCAGACAUAGAUUCACUCACCAGCGCUUAUGUAGUGACUGCUGUGCCCCUCCUCAGUGGUCAACGGGGACACGGGUCCCUGCCUGAGGCAGGGGAUCAACACACCAAUACAAACCAUGAGUGAGUCCUCUAGGACGUGAAAAGGGCACUCAGAAAGGAAAGGCAGAGCAAGAUAAGGAAAGGAGCUGGUCCGGGGUCUCAUGCAAGGACAAGAAGGAGGUGAGGGAGUCAGUGGAACCACUGGGAAGAGCAAUGAAAAACAGUCUCCCGGCGGGCCAGUGAGUCCUCUCCACAACGGCUGAGAAGGAUGAAACAGUUUUGCUAUUGAAUAAACACUUCGAGAUUGCAAGGCAGAGACCCCACCCCUCCGUAUCAGCCAGGCAGGUACAACCCACUGCACACACGAUCUUGAGAAAUGGUAACUUGUCCAAAGUGCCCCUGACAUAAUGCCUGUUUCAUGUGAUCAUAAUAUAAGCACCCCAGCUCUCUUUGGUUAUCUGCAUGGAGUAUCUGAUCCCACCCUUUUAUUUUCAACUUCUUUGUGCCUUUGUAUCUAAAGUGAGUCUCUUGGGGGACA